GACGCGCUCUCCCGGUCCGGACGCGCGGAGUGUUCGGCGCGGCCAUGCGGGGCCCGGGUCCGAGUGCCACCGCGACCCUGAGCCCGACCCCAGGCCCGAGCGCGACCUCCGGCGCGGCGCGGCUCCCCAGGCGGAGGCGGCGGGCGCGGGGCGCGCUCUGAGGCCCGGGGGAUGCGCCGCCGCCGCGACCAUGGGCGCCGCCGCCUCCAGGAGGAGGGCGCUGAGGAGCGAGGCCAUGUCCUCGGUGGCGGCCAAAGUGCGAGCAGCCCGAGCAUUUGGAGAGUACCUGUCCCAGAGUCACCCUGAGAACCGCAACGGUGCAGAUCACCUGCUGGCUGAUGCCUACUCUGGCCACGACGGGUCCCCUGAGAUGCAGCCAGCCCCCCAGAACAAGCGCCGCCUCUCCCUGGUCUCCAAUGGCCGGUUUGAGGGCGGCCUCGCAGAUGAUGCUGGUGGCGGGAAGCCAGCUGUUGAGGGCCCCCAGCCCCGUGUGUACACCAUCUCUGGGGAGCCGGCCCUGCUGCCUGGCCCCGAGGCCGAAGCCAUCGAGCUGGCAGUGGUGAAGGGGCGGCGGCAGCGGCACCCUCACCACCAUAGCCAGCCCUUGCGUGCCAGCCCUGGCAGCAGCCGCGAGGACCUCAGCAGGCCCUGCCAGAGCUGGGCAGGCAGCCGCCAGGGCUCCAAGGAGUGUCCUGGAUGUGCCCAACCUGCCCCUGGGCCCUCCCCUCAAGCCUUUGGGCUAGACCAGCCACCUCUGCCUGAGGCUUCUGGCCGCCACAAGAAACUGGAGAGGAUGUACAGCGUGGAUCGAGUGUCUGAUGAUGUCCCCAUUCGUACCUGGUUCCCCAAGGAAAACCUUUUCAGCUUCCAGACAGCAACCACAACUAUGCAAGCCAUCUCGGUGUUCAGGGGCUACGCGGAGAGGAAGCGCCGGAAACGGGAGAAUGAUUCCGCGUCUGUAAUCCAGAGGAAUUUCCGCAAACAUCUGCGCAUGGUCGGCAGUCGGCGGGUGAAGGCCCAGACGUUCGCUGAGCGGCGCGAGCGGAGCUUCAGCCGGUCCUGGAGCGACCCCACCCCCAUGAAAGCCGACACUUCCCACGACUCCCGAGACAGCAGUGACCUGCAGAGCUCCCACUGCACACUGGAUGAGGCCUGUGAGGACCUGGACUGGGAAACCGAGAAGGGCCUGGAGGCCGUGGCCUGCGACUCCGAGGGCUUCUUGCCACCCAAGGUCAUGCUCAUCUCCUCCAAGGUGCCCAAAGCCGAGUACAUCCCCACCAUCAUCCGCAGAGACGACCCCUCCAUCAUCCCCAUCCUUUACGACCACGAGCAUGCGACCUUCGAGGACAUCCUGGAGGAGAUAGAGAAGAAGCUAAACAUCUACCACAAGGGGGCCAGGAUCUGGAAGAUGCUGAUUUUCUGCCAGGGAGGCCCCGGACACCUCUAUUUGCUCAAGAACAAGGUGGCCACCUUUGCCAAAGUGGAGAAGGAAGAGGACAUGAUCCACUUCUGGAAGCGACUGAGUCGUCUGAUGAGCAAAGUGAAUCCGGAGCCGAAUGUCGUGCACAUCAUGGGCUGCUACAUUCUGGGGAACCCCAAUGGGGAGAAGCUGUUCCAGAACCUCAGGACCCUCAUGACUCCUUAUAGGGUCACCUUCGAGUCGCCCCUGGAGCUGUCUGCCCAAGGGAAGCAGAUGAUCGAGACCUACUUUGACUUCCGGCUAUACCGCCUGUGGAAGAGCCGCCAGCACUCCAAGCUGCUGGACUUUGAGGAUGUCCUGUGAGGACACAGGCCUGCCCAGCACCACCAGGCCACUUCCUCUGGCCAGGAGACCCAGCGCUGGGCUACCCGGUGCACCCAGGACUGUGUGGCCCUGCUCUUGCCCAGAGUCACUUCAGGGACCCUCAGACUUUGCUCAGGUUCUUGUGGGGUCUGGUCCUCGCUGUAUCGAGAGGCCACAGAGGCCGCAGUCCUAGGGGCCUGAGAGAAGCCUCGCCCCGCAGCUGGUGGACACCUGGUGGCCAGGCGCUGCCCUGCCAUGCCUCGACUGGAGGCUGCAGCGCUGAAAAGCCCUUCCACAGGGUUUAUAGAAAUAAGUGCAAUUUUCUACACCCCUGAAACAACCUGAAGGGAAGCAUCAUAACUAGUUAACUAGUUAAGCGCUAUGCUACUAGUUACAGCGUAGACAACCUGGCCCAGUGUGUGCUCAGGACCCUCUGUCUCCCAGCCCCUCAGCCCUGCCGUAUUUGAUCACCAGCACCAGGAUGGCCCAUCUGUUUGAGGCCGGUGCUGUCAGGCUGUCCAGCCUGGCCCUGUCUGCACUGGCCAAGUCCUGUCAGCUUUCACCCCUCUCACUACCCCUGCUCACUCUGACCUCAGCCAGCACUGAGCCCUGCCAGGGCAGCCUGGGCAGCAGGAGGGAAGGGCCCAGCCUUCCCUCCUCUGGGAGGAGGCGUUGGACUGGUGCCCACCCCCACCCCCUGGAGCCUGCCCAGCUCUCGCUGCUGUUGAGUUCAGCAUUUGCUGGCCGGUCGCAGCAGAGGCCUAGAGCUUGGCAGGGGCCUGGCUGGGUCUGGGCCCUGGGUGGUAAGAGCCUUGUCAGGCUCUGCACUGGGUACUUGAACCCAGCACCCGAGGCCUAGGAGCAGGGUAGCUGGUGGACUGUGGAGUCCCCUGACUCCCCCUCACAGCCUUGCCCAGGGCCCAGCAGCGUGAGCCCUCUUGUAUAUAGUCAGGGCUUGGGGGCAGGCCCCCCUUUUGCAGAGCCUAGGGUCUGAGGGCACCUGGCUGUGUCCCUGACCAAGGGAGGGGAGAGUUGGGUUCCAAAUAAUGUGCAAUGUCCCUUGGAGUGACCAUUAAAACUGACCCUCUGCUGCGGC